AUGGAGACCGCUAUCCUCGGAACGGGCCUCAUGGGGGCGAAAAUGUGUAAAAGGCUUGUGUCCUGCGGCUACCAUGUACGCGCAUGGAACCGGACGGCGGAGAAAGCCCUCCAACUUGCAGCAGCAGGCGUUAGACCCUGCGCGACGGCCGCGGAGGCCGUAGAUGGAGCGCACGUUGUCUUGCUUAUGCUUGCAGACGCGCAUGCAAUCCGAAAGGUCCUACUUGAUGACCCGAACACCAAAGCGCUCCUGUCAGGGAAGACGAUUCUGCAGAUGGGUACCAUCGGCCCUAAGGAAUCGUCCUCCCUGGCCGCCGAGGUGGUCUCCGCAGGGGGUGUCUACGUGGAGGCCCCCGUGCUGGGCAGCCAGCCGGAGGCGGAGAAGGGCACACUGCUCAUCAUGGUGGGGGCGGACAGCGACCCGCGGGUCACUCCUGAGGGGCCCGUGUGGCCGCUGCUGUGCGCCCUGGGCCAGCAGCCCAACAUCCACUACAUCGGACAGGUCGGCACUGCGGCGGCUGUCAAACUGGCGCUCAACCAACUCAUAGCUUCGCUCACGGUCGGUUUCUCCACCUCCCUCGGUUUGGUUCAACGCAGCGGAGCGCCCGUGGACAAGUUUAUGAGCAUCUUGAGGGCCUCGGCGCUGUACGCCCCCACGUACGACAAGAAGCUGGGCAAGAUGCUGGACCGGGACUACGGAGCUGCCAACUUCCCGACAAAGCACCUGCUGAAGGACGUGCGGCUGUUCGAGAGCGAGGCGGCCGCUGCGGGACUGGACACCGCCGUCCCGGCCGCCCUGUCUUCUGUCAUUUCCAACGCCAUCGCCAAGGGGCUACAGGACUGCGACUAUUCCGCAGUGCUUGAGGCGGUCCUUGCACCGCCAGCAGCCACUGUGCCCGCAGCCGUCACAGCGGCUGCUGGCGGCGACACCGCCGCUGCUGGCGGCAGUGCUGGAGGCGGAAGCGACCGUGCGAGCAGUGCGGUAGUUGAUGGGAUUUGA